AUGGGGAAAAUCGACGACAAGAAGAAAAAAUUCAAGGGAAAGAAGAAGGUGAAGAAUGUGUUGGAGAAAAAGGCCAAAGGAUUGAAGCUCAACAAGAUCGACAGAAAGAGAAUUGUAAAGAUCGAAGAAAAGGCUGCGCUGAAAAGCCAAGUCAACAAAGCUGUCAAAGAAGCAUUGGAGAAGCAAGUAAAGAACUCUUCGACAUCAAUUUUUGAUAACGACGGAACUCGUGAUUCGUUAUGCUCGGAAUCCUCGUUCGGAAGUCAACCAGCUCCAAAAAAGAAGUCCAAGAAGGUGUUGUUCUCUGGAGAACUAGAGCACGUUAAAGUUUUCGACAAACGUGUACAUGAUCUUCAAAUUGAGCCAUCAAAAGCUUCUCCCGGCAGAGGAAUCCUCAGAUCUCCACUGGACAAGAAAGUCAAGAAGCUGCCAAAGACGGUAAAAGUUGUUGAUGAAGAGGAAUCAGUUGCCCCACCAAAGAAGAAACUCAAGGUCAGCACCAAAAAGGCAGUUGUUGCUGAACCAGCUGAGGAAGAUAACUUGGAGUCGGUAGACGAGCAAACUGGUGCAGAUGAAUCUCUCGUCGAUGUUCCAAAACUGAAGAGAAAGAGAACGCCAAUUCAAGUCACAAAAUCAGUAAAAGAGCAACUUUUGAAUAUGCCAAGAAAGGAGAGAAAACAAUUCCUCAGAGAACUAAAGCUGAAACGAAAGCCUGAAGGGGAACGUGCUCAGAAGUGCAAAGUUCUCUGGGAAAAGAUCAGAAUGGGAAAAACACCGAAAUCUGAGAAAGAUGAAGCUAUUCACGAGCUUUAUGGACUUGUUAAAGGACACGCUUCCAAGUUGAUUUAUGCUCACGACACAAGCAGAGUUAUUGAGUGUCUUGUUGCCACUGAACGUGAAGGAAUUAUCAACAAUUUGUUCAAUGAACUCACACCAGAAAUUGUGAGAAUGUCGAAGAAUGUUUACUCCAAAUUCUUUGUCAAGAAAAUGUUGAAAAAUGGCACCAAAGAACAACGUGAUCUUAUCAUCAACGCAUUCCGUGGUCAUGCUCCAACUUUUCUCAGAAUCAAGCACGCCGCCGAGGUUCUUGAGUACGCUUACAACGACUUCGCCAACGCUCACCAACGUUAUAACAUCAUCACUGAAUUCUACGGAAAAGAGUUCAUUCUCUUCAGAGAGGAAAACAUCCGAUCAUUGACAGAGAUCCUUGCCGAAAAACCUGAGAAAAAGACUGUUAUCCUGAAGCAUUUAGACGAGAUCAUUGGAGCAGUCAACGAGAAAGAAACUCUUCGACUCUCCAUUCUCCACAAACUUAUGCUCGACUUUUUCGAGAAUUGUGACGAAGAGAAGAAAGUAAAUCUUCUUGAUUCACUGAAAGACAAGAUCCCCGAGUUCAUCCAUACCCCAGACGGUGCCAGACUUGCUAUCAAAUUAAUCUGGUUCGCUCCAGUGAAAGAGAGAAAGCUGAUUGUCAAGAAUUUCAAAGAUUUGUCCGUUAAAGCAGCAAUGGAACACUAUGGUCAUCGUGUUCUUCAAGCUCUCUUCGACACUGUCGACGAUACAGUUUUGUUGAACAAAGUUAUUGUGUCAGAGUUGGCAAAUGAGAUGAAAAAGUUGAUCGAAGACGAUUGGGGAGAGAAGGUUAUCCACUAUUUGGUGCAUCCAAGAGACGCCAGAGGAAUUGACAGAAGAGAAAUUGCAUUCCUCGCCGAAGGAGAUAGUAAUCCACACUCGAAGAAGACACAGGCAGACAGAUACGGACAACUGUAUGCUGCAAUUACCGAGAACUUGUAUCCAUAUUUGGCUGCUAACUUCGAGGAACUUGUCUUCGAAGCUAACAAACAUAAGUUUGUUGCUGCUUGUCUCGAGACAACAUCUAGCUACGAUCUUUUCGACCGACAAGUUCCAUCAGAAGCGCGCAAAAGCUGCAACGAAGCUAUUGUUGAGCUUGCCAAAAAGGACUUCGUGCCAAUGGACCAAGAAGGUUUCCACAUUAUCGAACAUCCAUCUGGAAACUUUGUACUUUCGGCUAUUAUGCGAUGUGAUUCGGCUCUACCAGAAGAUGAACGAUUGUCGGUUGCUCUUGCAGAAGGACUCACAAAACAACAGAUCGGUUCAUGGGUUACAUGUAACAGAGGAUGUCAUAUUCUUCUGAAAAUGCUUCAAGUUGGAGGACCUAAAGUAGUCGAGAAGCUGAAGGCGUCAAUCAACCGAAAACAUUUGGAUGGAUACACCUCGAAAGGAGCCAACCACCUGAAGGCUCAACUUGAUGGAAAGGUCACGAAGUAA